ACUGAUGAAAUGUCCAUUUAAGGUGAUCAUAGAAGAAAAGGAGUGGUUCCAUUACUACAAGCCAGGAGACUACUGGAUUACUGGAAUAAUGUCUGGAGUUGUAGCUCGAUUGUAUCAAUUUUCGUUUUCCAAGCCUCCAACCCACCAACUGAAAAGUGAGAACACCACCUCUCACCUUCUGCCCUACUUGUUGGCUGUUCAUGAAGUCAACCAGAAUUCAAGGCUCUUACCCAACAUCACCCUGGGCUACAACAUCUAUCAGAACUUUUUCAGUGCAAGAAUGACAUAUGAGGCCAUGCUGGAUGUGCUGUCUACAGGACAGGAGAACAUCCCAAACUACAGAUGUGGAAAAGAAAAGAACCUGCUGGCGAUUCUUGAAGAGAUGGAUUCUGAACUCUUUGAUCAUAUUUCCAAUGUCCUGAGCAUCUACAAAUUUCCACAGAUCAACUAUAAUGUCAUCAACCAGACAGCUGAGCAAAAUUAUCGUUUUCCUUCUUCAUAUCGGAUGACCCCAAAUAAAGAACCUCCUUACUCAGCAAUUGUGCAGCUGCUCCUGCAGUUCCAAUGGACGUGGAUCGGCCUCCUUUCUCAGGACAAUGAAAAAGGAGAAAAAUUCAAAAGACGCUUGGAAGUUCUUGCUCUAAAAAAUGGGAUUUGCAUUGUCCUCUCAGGAACCGUCCCAGAAGCAAAUCUGAAGACAAGUGCUGGAGAAAUUCACAUGCAAGAAAAAAGAAAAAUCUUCAUAGGUUCCUGA